CACAGCUGCUGUUGCGCGCUUCUGGACUGCUCCUUCCUGUAUAGAGCGGCCAUGUUUCUGGGAUUGUAUUGGCUCUUCCUCGAACGGACGAGCAUGAGAUGAAUGCAGCGUCUCACAAUUAACGGGAUCCCGACCUGUUGCGGAGAAUACAGGGAAAAGGAGGGGUCGCGAUGUCUACAUGACGUCGUCGACGGGGAUGUCGCGGCCGGGUUCGCCGCCCCGAGAACCCGAGCCGCCGCCGCCCGAGGCCGGCUCCCAGCUCGGCCCCGAGCUGGGUUCGGGCCCCGAGGGCUCCUCGUUCCCCUUGUACCACCGCCAGUACCGCUUCGGGCUACACAACGACCUCGGAAACUUCACUGCCAAGCCGCCCAAGCUGUACCCUGACAGUGAAUCUGGGUUGUGCCCGUCGUACCAGGCAAACCACCGGUCCCCUUUGACGGCACCUAUCCUGGCGGUGCAGUCGACGCCGACGCCGCCUCCUAGCGAGGAAAACGUGCAGGCCGCCGGCAGCCUCCCGCUAAGCACGUCCUGCCACUCGCUGACGGCCGCCACCACGGGCAGCAGCCUAGGGUCUUCCAUCAACGACCUCACCGUGGAAGCUGAACAGUUGGAACGUGCUAUAUGCACAAAUGAUGUGGCUACAGCGCGUCGCCUCCUCGAGCUGCACCACGGCCGCUUCUCGGUGAACUUGCACGGCAGCCUGCUGGAUAAAAGCAGCGUCGGUGGUUCGGCCUGCGCCAGCCAGGACGUCGAGAUCCUGCUGCGUAAAAGCCAGACCUUGUUGGACCGCUUCGACCGGGGCGACUCCGUGUCCACCGACUUUGAGCCUGUGCCUCCAGUAUUCACAUCGGCACUACACCUGGCUGUCGAGCACCAGUCACUGGACGUCGUUAGACUCCUGCUCAAGUACGGCGUGGAGCCCAACGAAGGUGGCGUUCCGCUGGCUGGUGGCUCCCUGGAGGGUGGCCGCCGAGGCAGCUCGGCCGCCUCGGAGGGCAGUGGAUCGCAGCAGCAUCCGCCAGCGCGUCGCUUCAGCCAAAUGCUCACCGCGAGGGGUCCCAACCAUAGCCCCAGUUCCCACAGUGAUGCUAGUAGUUCGUCGCCUGUCGUUGGCCACCGGGCAGAGCACAGGAAGUACGUUCCUCUUCGAACCGACCUCCCGCCUUCCCUUCGUGUUGUACGCGUCGCCACUGAUGGCAAGGAAGUCACCUACGAAGAUGAGUACACGCGCGACUACCUGUACAGUCUCCCUCCCCUGUUCCUCGCGGUGGCCAUGGGCAAAACAGCUGUAGCGCGCCUUCUGCUCAGAUACGGGGCGCAAGCAAGUCCCCAGGACCACAACGGUGUCACUCCUCUUCACCUUGCCGUCUGCCAGCCGGUCGUUGUCUGGCCCUGCGUCCGUCUUCUGCUCGAAGCUGGUGCCCACAUACAUAUAGCCAAUCGCCGCGGUGCUACACCGUGCGACCUCGCGGACUCCGACCUCUGUUCAGUGCACGGGUCAUUAAUUGAUGGUGCUUUCGCCAACUUGACAACUACCUCCGCAGCAAGUUCGGUUAGCGCGACCCACACUGCUGCGGGAAUGCCCCCAGUAACAGUGUCUGGGCCAACACCUUGUCCGGGGACGUCAACGGCAGGGACACCCACGCCUGUCCCUGUUCCGACGACGGUUAGUGCAGGGACAACAAAACCAAUUGUUACGGUGCCACCCGAAGAUGGGGCUGCAACACCGACUUCGACAAACCUUCGUGCCAACAUUCUGAGGCGGUUCCAGGAUUCGCGCCCGCUACCAAACCGGGGCUCUGCCCGGAAAAAAGACAACCUUUCCGCCACUGACGACGUCACCUGUGCCUCGCCGGAGAGUUCUGUGCCAAGUCGAAACAGGAGCCCUGGCGUCAUGGCUACAGCCUUGCUUGCGGGCCAGGACGACGAGAAGCUGCAGGAACGGGUGCCUAGUGCCGAGCCCCAGAGCUCAAAACUGAGUCGUCGAAAGAGCGGCGAUGAUGGGCGGCUCAAGGGCAAGUGUCACACGCCCUCCAUAGACGAGAGUGAGCCUCCGAAUCAAAAAGUGGACGCGGCCUUCGCUGCCCUGACGCGGAUGGCGCACAACCCGGAAUGCUUGGACGGGAUCCUGACGGGUCUUCAGCGACACCUGGCCACCAUUAUCGAGCUCACUUCGCUCAUGGACGGCGAGCGACUACAAAAGCCCAUCGCCACCCUCUUCAACAGGCUUCUCCUCACUGUCGCCGAGGAACACGACCAGGACUGCGGAGCUGAGUCAGCGUCCCGCCUGGACAGCAGUUCCGGAGGGCUCCAGGACACGGUGGCGUCGCAUAUGUGCCAACUUCUGCGCAUCGCUCUGAGCAGUCUAAAAGGGGGCCAAGGCCUUCAGUUUACGGCGCUCCUGCUCAUCAACAAGUUGGUGGACCUGAGCGUUUCACGCGGCCUGGCCCUCCACCCUAUCCGCAGCCGACCUACCGGACGCUGUUCCGCGCACAAGAUCACGGGCUUAUGGCACCAGUCGUCCAGCCUCAAGGAGAACCACAGCUUCCAGCCUUUGCCUUCGGUGUUCCCGUGGAAGGUUCCCAAGGUGCCGGACCCGCCCCCGGGUCGCUGGUGGUGGACGUGGCGUUCGGGCGGACGCGAAUGUUCUACGGACGCCGAGCCCCCGUCCCGAGGCUCGCGUAACACGUUCUUACGUAUCCUGGCCCACGAAGGGGUCGAAUUCGUGCUCAACAUGCUCAAUAAUGCCAUCACGCUCCACAAGAGGGUCGUCGGCACGAGACAUCAUUGUACACCCUCGCACAGAUGGCGCCACUGCAGCUACCACUGCCUUCAGAUCAUGAGUGCUCGGGUGGUGCUCUUUAUGAGUCAAAACUCCCAGGUCCAAAGCAAACUCAUUGAAGAAGCUCACUUGAAAAUUCUCGCCAAUGCACUGGAUUCCACGCACGACCCUCAACUUCUGUGCCUCGUCUUGCAAAUCGUUGCGACGUUGGGCCUCAACCCGGAGUACCAUGCGGCGCUGGUGGAGGCCGAGCUGCCGGACUGCCUCACGCAACUGAUCCUACCGUCGGAUGAGUGGUACUACACGAAUCACAGCACCAGGUACGCACGGUACGUCAAGCACCAUGCCGCACGGGUCCUCGUCUAUCUAGGCAUGGAGCAGCGGCUACGGAACAAGGUCUACUUGUUUGACCUUAUCGACGAUCAGAACGUUCCUACGACACCGUUGCUGGACAGCGGCGAAGACGGUUACAUCGUUGAGACAUCACUACCGCCGUGCGUCAUCUACGAAUCCGAGAACAGGGUCAUUGGAACAUCGGUGGAAACAUUUGCCUUAGAAGUGCUCAAGAGUGUUGAGAGAACACUGGAUUCAUCCAAAUCAACAACGGACGAAGAAAAAUCCGAGUUGGAUUUCUGCCUUAGUCCCCUUAGUACCUUCCCGGGUCCCUUCCCAACCGCACCUGAGCCCGGCAGCACAGCCUUCUACUUAACGGCGCUCCAGCUCGUGCUGGCACCAGUGGUCCUGGUGAGGCUCUUACAGCACCGGCUCCUUGGGCUUCGGCGCGGAGCAGCCUCCCGCUCCAGCAUCGCCUCCGAAAACCGUAGCCGGGCGGGAUCCUCUGCGGGUCAUGAAGACUCACUGCGCGCCCGUAGAAGGGUCACCCUGACCAUCAACUGCUCCCAGCAGCAGGGACUGCUCGCCAGAGCACCCUCCGAAGAUCGACGAGACUCUUUGCGUGCUUCCGACAAGCAGGUGGUGGUGGUUCCGCCACCAGACAACAGUGAAGCCACUUCUCCUGGCUUGGCGUCACCGACGACGAGCGGGAAGAGGGCCUUCAAGUUCUCGAGUCUAAAGAAGCGCGUCAACAGGAUGGUGACGACGAGUCAGGACCAGAGCAGCAAUUCCUCGCAGACGACCAGCGAGGCAGAUAUCGUCGCCUUUCAGAGGGAGCUCCAGAACCUGCCCACAUUUGAUUCUCAGACAAGCGCGGCAGGGGCGUCGUUCGAGUCAACGGAGGGCCCCGAGCCGAGCUACUCUCGUCCACGCUCAUGCUCGGUGCCUCGCGUUACCUUCGAGACGGCAUCUUUGCAGCUGCCACACGGCCACGGGCCACUUAUCCGCAGCGCCACCACCGAAGGGGCCUACACUUCUUCGCCGGUCAGCAAGCCCCCACCACAGCAGCAACAGCAGCAGCAAAACCUCUUGCUCGCCACCGGUGAACCGAUCGCAGUGGCUCACAGUUCAUCGUCAUCGGAUGUACCCUGCGUGCACCUGACUAUCCUGCGGCUGUUGCAGGAGUGGGCGAGCCUGUGCCCGAGCGAUCUGCGCACUCGCGAAUUCAGGGACUUUCUCAGCAGGCUCAGCUGUUUGGGAGACCCCUACCAGUGGUGGGCAGAAGAGCUACGUCUCAGCGUCGACAUGAAGGAAAAUGAGAAGGACGAGAUUAAGCAAGACGACCUCGAAGCUAUCCACGAGGAAUACCGCAAACUUCGAGACCUCGUGGUGAAUGGUGAGCUGCCAUGCUCCAAAGAGGAGGCGGCUGCAUUAGCGGGAAUCCAACUGCGCAUCGAGGAGACUUGGCCAAGCAAUGCACGAACACCUCACGUGCUCUCGGCCGAGCAGCUCGGAAAGCUCAUUCCCAUAACAGAGGAUGCCAAGGAGAGCCUAAUCCCGGAGGGCGGCGUUGAGGGCAGUAGGAUGUCUUCUGGUGACGCGGACGAUAGCCACACGGAGUCAUCGGACGGUCCUCCAUCUACGCCUACCAGCCGAGGGCCAGGGGCUUUCUUCCGCGGUGUGCCGAAGCGGAGCUCGCUAAUCCUGCGUCAAUGGAUGGGCUCCAAUGGUAACAAGUCUCCCACUGCGUUGCACAACAUUAACCUCAAGGACUGCCUUCCGCCCAUAUAUCACACGGCCAAGAACAUUGGCAAGACCAUCAAGGAGCAGAAACGCAAGCUGUUUCACUCGCCACUAUACGAGAGCGAAAUCCAUCUGAAGAAACUGUACAUCCAGACGUGCAAACGACUUCCAGUCUACGGUUGUCGCGUGUUCCAGGUGAAAGAGUUGCUCCGGGGCAAGACUAAGAAGCGGGCAAACCGUCUCCUGGGUAUUGGACUGGAGCACAUCGUGCUCUUGGACAGCAAGACCCUGGUACUGGCCAAGUCGCAGCAUACGUCGGAACUUCAGCAGUGGCGAGCAGGAGGUGGGCGGUCGCACGACCGACUGGUGCUUGAGUUCCGUGGCACCAAGUGGUCUUUCGUGGCUGCUCACGCGCUACGCUCCAUCAGCUCCGUGCUCUGGGAAAUGAUGCAGGACCUGGAUGCCCGCUUCUUGGACGACCACCUCAUCACGUCGCGGGACGAGUUAGACAAAGAGAGCCAACGAAACAUGGUCGCCAUUCACGGCAUGGAACGCGCGACCAUCUACAAAGAGGAACUGGAGAAAUUACAAACUCUGCUUCAUUUCCCUGAAGAAGUUGCCCUACGCCUGACCGCAGUGGAAUAUGAGCUGGUCUACAGCGUUGACCCGGUGCACUAUGUUCGUCAAGUUACGGUGGAUCUUAGCGGCAAACUGGCCAGCAACCAAGGGGACCAAGGGAAUACAGUUCAAACGCUCAUCAAACGGUUCAAUGAAGUGAGCUCGUGGGUGACACAUAUCAUCAUAUCGCAGCCGACGCACGAAGAUCGCAAAGCGGUCUUGUCGUGCAUUCUUCGGGUCGCCAUGUCGUGUUGGAACAUAGGGAAUUUCAACACAGCGAUGGAGAUACUUGCCGGUCUUAAAUCCGAGAAGUUGAAGCCAUUCUGGCUCUCCCUCUCAGACAAAGACCAACUUCCAGUGCUGGAGUUUUUGAGCCAAGCUCUACUUAACGCUGAACCAUCGGACGAAUAUCGAGCAGCGGUAGAAAGGGCGCUGAAUAUACCCCAUUCAAAGGUGAUACCUUUCUUCGGCACCUUUCUGCGGGACCUACGAGCUAUCCUGCAAGGAAUGCCGAGUCUCAUCGUACUACCAACGGAACGAGCCAAAAAGAUCGAGUUUGUUGCGGAUUAUCACGGUGAAGACCACUUCAUGACCCGAAUAGGAGUAGGAGGCAUCAUCAACAUGGAAAAGAUGCAUCAGGCGCAUCGAGUCAUUGACGACAUUCGGGCGUUCCAUCAUCACUACAAAUGUAGAAAGCAUGCUACAGCUCAAGUGGCAAUUAACAGUCAGGAAGCCAGGAAGGACAAGGAGAACCGUACAGAAGACGACUGCCUGUACAUCCAAGACCCCGAGGCGUACAUUCCCAUUCAAGAACUGUAUAACGACCAUCACAUCAGCAUGGUACCGCUGCAGACAGACAAGAUCGACUACCACGAACUCCAACUUCUUCACCACGGGUGCACCCUCGUUCACUGGGAAGAAGACAGCUCCCGCUCUGCCCUCUGUUACGUCCGCCUCGAGCGGAACAACGGGACCAUCACUUGGUGCAAACCAGCGUGGAGCGCCUUGCGUGGUUCCGGUCCCCAGGAUUACAGUCUAAGCGUCAACAUUGAGGAACCGGUCGCUGUAGGUCUAGUUCAGAAAUAUGAGACAGCAGAGUCAUACCUGGCCGGUCUCGAAGAAGGGUUCUUGGACCUGCACAUCGUCAAGGAGAUUGUUCUUUGCCGCAGUUCAAUAGAAAUCGCGGUCAUUGCCAAGAGACACGGGCUGGAAGACUCGCUCAAUGAUCAGAAUCUUCUCAGGCUCAAGUAUGGAACGGGACUCUCCGAUAACAGGGUGCUAGAAUUUAUCCUGCCCAUGUCUCUCGCUGAAGUGUGGUACAGAAGUCUGCGGAGAAUCGUCGCUAUGCUGAAGCAACAGCGGCAGCUCUGCGACGGACGGAUCUAUUGGCUCAAAGAGAGCUACCUGCAGCUCUAUUUUCGUGACCAGUAUUGUAUGGGGCCAACCCCGGCGGAAGCCAUCAAGGUGUUUGGCGGACGGAAGUGGACUCUGAGUUCGCUCGGAAGCAGCUCAUCAGUGGAGUCUACGUCUUCGGCCUUUAAGCGAGCGUCAAGUUUUGGAAUGAGCACGACCAAGUUACGCAAAAAGAAGUCAUCCUCUUCCCUAGCAGCAGUGCGCGACGUGAGUCCCAAGUCCUUUAUGGACAACGACGGACCACCGCGGAAGCAGAGCCCCACGAUGAAGAAGCGGCGCGCCACUGUCAAGUCCUCCCCUCAGAUGCGUUCGCAGGAGUCAAGCCCACAGCGACUGAGCGUCUCGCGAAGCUCAUCGUCGUGCGAAAAUCUCAAUCGAACGGAAAGUGGAAUCCCCAUCGUCCACCCGACUCCUUUAGCAACCGGAUACAAAGAGCGCGCACGCGAUGCAACCCAGUGCCUUUCCAAGACUUCGUCGCUCCUGGGCCGACCGACUAUCACGCAUUCCAGUCAGAUCGACUUCCUCGAGUUCGCUGAGCUGUUCCGCUCGUUUCUUGUCCGGUCACGGCGAGACCUGCGCGAUAUCUUCGAGCAGGUGGCGACUAAUGCCAAAACAGCGUCAACUGACUCCAACACGGAGGACUCAAGCGGUCCUUCCUCCACUACUCCUCGACGAGCAAGCAAAAGGCCGAAAGUGCUAGGUCUCCUUACGAGGAGUACUCGCUACGACUACGUUGACCCGGAGCAGAAGAAGAUAUGCGAUGCUAUCGCUACAGCGAGCAUCGUCUCAAACUGUGCUGGAGUCGACAGCUCAAAGCGAUUGGUCCUGGAACGUGCAGACUUCCAGAAGUUUCUGGAGACGCAUCAGGGAGAAAUUCUCACGGAAGCACAAGCUCUUAGCCUCAUACAGAGGCAUGAGCCAGAUCCAGUUCUUAAAGAGAAGAACCAGCUGUCCUUUGAAGGCUUUGCUAGGUACCUGAUGGAUAAAGAUAACUAUGCCUUUGUGCCUGAGGUCCUUACUCCUGAGAAGGAUGAUAUGGACUACCCCAUGGCUUACUAUUAUAUCGCAUCAUCACACAACACGUAUUUAACGGGCCAUCAGCUGAAGGGAGAAUCAUCCGUCGAGUUAUACAGUGAGGUUUUAUUAAGAGGCUGUCGAUGCGUUGAACUGGACUGUUGGGACGGAGACGAUGGUAUUCCAGUCAUCUAUCAUGGUCACACGCUCACAUCGAAGAUACCUUUCAAGAGCGUCGUGGAAGCCAUCGAGAGGAGCUGUUUUGCGAAUUCUCCAUACCCCAUCAUAUUGUCUAUAGAAAACCACUGCUCUCUGCAGCAGCAAGCAAAAAUGGCGCAGAUCUUCGCGAGUGUCUUUGGAGACAAGCUUGUGACAAACUUUCUGUUCGAGAGCGACUACCUGGACGAUCCCCGCCUCCCUUCACCCAAUCAGUUGAAAUACAAAGUUUUGAUUAAGAACAAGAAGCUCCGAGCUCCUCUGACUCCUGCACUGCCCUUUAAGACAAAGGGAAAGAGCGCACCUGGAAGAACGAACAGUAUAAUAUCUACAGCAAGUACUGGGUCGUUAAAUGACGAUGAGGACGACGAGUACGACGAAGAUGACGAUGAUGACGACGUGCUCGAAGAAUCCUUGUCCAGCCAAGAGGGAUCCUGCAAGGAUAAUAAGACACUGAGCCCAGGCACAUCUCACCCACGAUCCCGCAGUCAGGAUCCCGACUUGUUCUACAGCGACGACGAUGGCUACAAGCAGCGGAAGUCUAGUUCCCAAAUCGCCCCGGAACUGUCGGACCUCGUGGUAUAUUGCCAAGCGAUAAAGUUCAGAGGCUUUGUAACAAGUGCUUCUCCAACCAACUCGGUCAAAGUAAAGAAGAUCAGCAGCAAGAAAAACGUACUCGCAGCGGCAGGAUCGCCACUUGGUCCAAGCACUCCGCCACAAACCUCUGAACUGAAAUCCGAGCAGAUGGUCAGCAAGAGACCACUAGCUUCAGCGAUGUGCCACCAAGUGUCUUCCAUCAACGAAAGUGCUGCCAAACGGCUCUGCAAACGUCAUCCACUUGCUCUGAUUGCUCAUUGUGAUAACCAACUGAUGCGCACAUAUCCCGCCGGCAUGAGGAUCGACUCCUCAAACUUUAACCCCGUCAUUUUCUGGGCUUUUGGAAUCCAGAUGGUGGCACUCAACUACCAAACGGAAGACGCGGGGCUGCACAUCAACACUGCCAUGUUUGAGCAGAACGGCAACUGCGGCUAUGUUUUAAAGCCGCGGGUGAUGUGGGACCGUACCCAUAUGAUGUACGGCCGUUUCAACCCUUGGGAUAAAGAGUUUGACGGCCUGCACGCGCUCAACCUUCAUAUCACUAUCAUAUCCGGCCAGUACGUCUGCCAGGGGACAUACGCAUGCAGCCCUCACGUUGAAGUGGAAGUCAUCGGAAUUCCGGUCGACUGUAGCCGGCAGAAAACCAAGAUCGUCCAGCGCAACUCUCUCAACCCGAUUUGGAGUGACAGUUUCAGCUUUCGGAUUACGUUUGCUGACCUGGCAUUUCUCCGGUUCUCUGUUAUGGACGUGACUACAAAUCACAUCCUGUCCCAAAGAGUGAUACCUCUCAAGAGCCUGAAGCAAGGUUACCGUCACAUCCGGUUGCGAAGCCCACAAAAUCAGCCCCUUCCGCUCUCGUCUCUCUUUGUGCACUCCAUGUGGGAAGAGGAAGGUGUAGAACUGGUGCAUCAGAACGGGGACCUCGUCGAGAGUUCCGUCGGCAAGAAGGCCAGGGGCAAGUCCAAGGAACUGUCUACGGCUGAGAGCUUCCGUUGGGAAGGGAAAGACCACCCUCUCACUGGAACUAUUGCCGUCAAGCGCCGGAUGUUCUUCCUCGUUGUUCACGGAGUUGUGCCCGAUGAACCCAAGACUAUUCUGAAGAUAACCCAGGACAGCACUUCUAGAGAGGUCAUUGCACAGGCUUUGUGCAAAGCCAGCAAAACAAAUGAGCAGCUCGAAGACUAUGUCUUGAUGGAAGAAGUCCAGAAGAGCUGGGACAAGAAGCACCAGGAGAAAUCCAUCACGCAGAGGAUCCUCGAUCCUGACGAAUGUCCCUUGCUGGCACAGUCCCAUUGGCAAGGGGACGGCCGGUUCAUUCUCAAAAAGCUAGCAGACGACCCAAGCACGCGCGCAUGGAUGACUACAAUAAAGUCGUCCAGUAACAAAGAAAGAAGAAAACAGGACCUCGAAAUGAGCGGGGAUGAACUCAGCGAGUGGAACGAAGGAGAAGAGACCUACUUGGUGUGCAUCUACAAUGUUUCUUCUGAUCAGCCCUACGCCAUUCUCAAGGCCCCCAUCAGCAGCAGCGCCCAAGAUAUCAUUGCUCAGGCCCUUGUGAAGGCAAGACGUGCCGAAGAUCCCAACAACUUUGUCCUGGUAGAAGAAGUGGAAUACCCGUCUCCACUGGCAGAAAGUACACCGGUGGGUUCCACGGUUCGGCGACGCGGGCUCAAUAGAGACCGACGUGUCCUCUACGACGACGAGAACGUCUACGAGGUUCAGGCACAAUGGAAAGCCAAAGGAUGGUUCGAACUCAGGGACAGAAAUGAGAUGAUCGCUGAAAAGAAGAAAUCAAACUCCUCGAAAAGUUCCAGCUUCUACAGAUUGAGUAGGUUAAGAAGCUCCAUCAAAUGCAAAGCCGAGAGGGACCAGUCAUGCCCAUCGCCGAAACAGUCUCCCGACGCCUCAGCGCGUCGGAAGGGCGUCGGCGGAUCGUCGACCAGCAAGGAACCGUGCACCAGCCAAGACAGCAGUGCGGGCGAGGAGUCCGCUCGCCGUCUCGUCCACAGUGAGGGCGAAACUUUAUCCGACGAAGACGGACGUGAAUCUACGGGAAUGUCACGGCUACGAAAGAUUUCGUUUCGAAAACUCAAAGUGUGGCGAUGAGCCGCGAUAUACCCCACAUUAUUCGAACGCCAUCCUCACACGAAACCUGUACUGCGAUGAGAUUUAUGCCAGCGGUAUUUUCGUCCGAAACCAGGUGAGACUGUGAGGACACUGUGCGCGCACGUUGCACUCUUAGUACGCAAGCGAUGCCGCUCUGCCCCCCCAGAGCUAUACGACACACACUUCAGGAAUGCGUUGGCCGCUGCCACGUUUGCCGAAACGACCCGCGGAGGUAUACGGACUCUAUCCCUCCAUCGAAAGCGGUUUCUUUCUCUUGCUCUGAGCUUAGCGACUGGGUAUUGUCAACGCAAUUGAGACGAGCCGACCAUUGCGUUUCUCGCAUGCAAGUGCAUAUAAUCAAAGCGUGAGCUUCUUGCGAGGGUACACAAAAGAACAGCGAGCGCAUCCUGUUCAUGCGCCAUAGUUUUCGUCUAUGGCGCCUCAGAGUAAACCUCGAGGCGGAUGGCCCAUCUAGUCUUUCGCCUCUAGUCAAGCGAAGGCUUCUGCACUGCAGUUAUCGCCUUGAAAUAUAUCGAAAAAUCCGCUACGUUGUACCAGCCACGAGAGUUGCCAUUGUUGCCAGCGUGGUAUCGUGCGAAGAAAGACACGUCAUAGAACCAAAACGAAAGUGGCGACAGGAGACAAUCUAGUCUUUAAACAGUAUCGGUGCGACUGUACCAGGUACUAUACCAGGGAUAUUUGCAGGAAUACUAUUCCCUCGUGCUGUUCGUUGCGCUAUGACAAGGCUAGGGUAAAAUGGUGUUGUGUGGUAAGUUCCGAUCGGUCGGGACAUGGCAUGCGCAGCUAGUCAUUUGUUUCUUCAUUUUUCACGUUGAAAUGUGUUAGACUUCAUUUGAUUGGUAUCCCAUUAUUAUCAGAGUAGCGGUUGGAGACGAAUGCCUCAACUUCUGUGUUGUUACGUUGCUGAAGAGGAAGCUUGUUGGAGUUAUUUAUACGCAUCUUGUGUGGUGAUAGCAUAUAUCAUUCGUUGGUGCAGAAAUGCAUACUAUAUAUAUAUAUAUAUAUAUACAAACCUUUACAGGCAUAUUAUGAUGUAUAUAUAUUACAGGACCCACUUGAGUGUCUAUACUGUUUAAAAAGAUGUCGCAAGGAACGCAAGUGAUCCCAUCUAAUUUCUACUUGUUUGUGAAACGGAGCAUGUGUGCUGUUGACCAGUGGGACAGUUUUUCUACGAAUGUGGGUGUCUGAAGCUUACACCAUCUGUAUUAUAUGAGCACUUUGACUUAAUAUAUAGCUCUGAUCUCAGCCUACAUAACCUUCUUCAGUGCAUGCAAGAGUUCUACGAAAACGUUGCUAGGAGGACAGACAGGUCACCGGACAGUUUCCUGAAGCAUUUCUUACUGUUUGGAAGGACUUUUUGUCGUGCUGCGCUAAGCGAAAGUGAUGGGACUUUUAGGGUGCAUAUGUGUACAUACGCGUGGUUUUCUUAUUGACCGUCUACCCAUCUACAACAUCAUCACGUGCGCCAAUAGCAAGGCUUCUCUCCAUGUAUGUAUCAUUGCACGGCAUUAGUAGAUAGCACGCUAAUAGUUAUCACAAAUUAAAAUUUGUGUGUAUUGUA